AUGACGCCAGCAUCAAAAGGAAGCAGGGCAUGCACUGGGCCCUGGUCAUCGCAGCGAGUGUUAAAUGCCACUUCAAAGCUUCCGGAUCAGGACCUGCUUGGAUUCAUAGAGAGAUGCCUGUCGCAAUGGGAUAUCAGCUACACAGAAGAGGAAAAACGCGGAAUCAUUGGGAGUCUACCAGCGACAUACCAGAGGUAUGAGUUGAACGAGUGCGGUUUGCUCAAGUGCCCCCUUUCAGAUGAAUUUGUGCGUGAAGAUUCGCGGCUGAAAAAUGCGGUUGCACGGUUCAAAGGCGAGGUUGCGCAGGGACUUCAUGAGAAAGGAUGGCAAAAGCAAGCGACCAGAGCGGGUCAGGAGAGGAGCCAAGGCAAGUUUGACAGAUAUCUGAUGGAGCACAUUGAAGAGACGUUUGGCAGCGACGAUCGGAAAACACGAGGACCAAGCGUGCAAGGACAGAGUCAAGACGAUCACGACAAAGUCGAUUGAAAGGUGUUACUUUACCGAGGUCGGGUCAAGUGCGCACGAAUGGGAUGGGAGAGGAAUCCUUAUCCUUCUAGGCAUGGAGAAACCCAUGGCUGCAACGAUAGAUCUGCAAUGGGAAGUGGUAAUGACAGUGCCACAAUCUGUGAGAGCUGGCACUGCUGGUUGAUUAGGCUUUGGGUCGAAAUUCGGUACACCAAACAGGCUCAACUGGAGACCGGUUUCCGGACGAUCCAGAAACUUUAGAGAGCACCGAAUAGGAGGUGGUGCGUUUGUCUAUGUGAUUCUCGGAUCGAGGGUGCUAUGCAACGGGCUCGAGCUACAAUAAAUUAAGGAUACAAGCAG